AUGGCAACUGCUGGUGCAGGUGGUACUGCAUCUGCGCCAAGUGGAACAGAUCAGAAUUUUGAUUAUAUGUUUAAACUACUGAUUAUUGGUAAUUCAUCAGUGGGCAAAACUUCAUUUCUGUUUCGAUACUGUGAUGAUUCGUUCACGUCUGCAUUCGUUUCAACAGUUGGCAUCGAUUUCAAAGUGAAGACAGUAUUUCGAGGAGAUAAACGCGAUACUGCUGGACAAGAACGGUAUCGGACUAUAACGACUGCAUAUUAUCGUGGAGCAAUGGGUUUCAUCCUUAUGUAUGAUAUUACUAACGAAGAAUCAUUCAACAGUGUUCAGGAUUGGUGCACACAAAUCAAGACAUAUUCGUGGGAGAAUGCACAAGUAGUACUAGUUGGUAAUAAAUGCGACAUGGACGAUGAGAGAGUAGUCUCGUGUGAACGGGGUAAACAGUUAGCUGAUCAACUGGGCUUAGAAUUUUUCGAAACAUCGGCCAAGGAGAAUAUAAAUGUGAAAGCAGUAUUUGAAAAAUUGGUAGAAAUUAUAUGUGACAAAAUGGCAGAGUCGUUGGAUUCGGAUCCCUCGGCAACGCACCCCAAAGGACAACGAUUGGAUGCGCCGAGCAUGCAGAAGCCGCCAUCGUCACAGUGCAACUGUUAA